AUGAAUGAACCAUGCUACGAAGAAGUCCGGGAUUUCUAUACAUCUGACCUCAAGAAGCCUGCACUGGUGGAAGUGAAUGUUUGGCUAUGCACUGGAAGGAGCAGCAGCAGGAGCUCUGGAGUUUCUUUUUCUUGCCCACAUGUAUUUCUUUGCCUCUGCUUGUUGUGCCUGGUAGGCAGUCUGCUGGGACAUCCUCAGUGUCUGGAUUAUGGGCCACCUUUCCAGCCCCCUUUUCAUUUGGAGUUCUGCUCUGCAUAUGAAAAUUUUGGCUGCUGUGACCAGGAGAGAGACAACAGCAUUGCAGCAAAAUACUGGGACAUCAUGGAUUAUAUCGAUCCCCAGGGGCAUAAGCUAUGUGGAACGUAUAUCAAAGAUAUCCUGUGUCAGGAAUGUUCUCCAUAUGCUGCACAUCUCUAUGAUGCAGAAAACCCUCGGACACCGCUAAGAAACCUCCCAGGACUUUGUUUUGACUACUGCUCCGAGUUUCACUUCAACUGCCACUCUGCCAUCAGCCUGCUGACAAGUGAUAAGCACAUCCAAGAGUGCUGUGAGACAAACAAGACGCACUUUUGCAACCUGCUUCACCUACACGAUGAGGACUACUGCUUUCCCAACGUGCUGAAGAACACAGCCCUCAACCGCAACCUGGGCUCAGUGGUGGAGGACCGCAAAGGCUGCCUCCAGCUCUGUCUGGCUGAGGUUGCCAACGGCCUGAGGAACCCGGUGGUCAUGGUGCAUGCGAACGACCAUACCCACCGCAUGUUCAUAGCUGAGCAGGUGGGCGUGAUCUGGGUCUACCUGCCUGAUGGCAGCCGGCUGGAGGAGCCCUUUCUGGAUAUUAAAAGUAUAGUGCUGGCUACACCAUGGAUAGGGGAUGAGAGGGGCUUUCUGGGGAUGGCUUUCCACCCCAAGUACAAAUACAAUGGGAAGUUUUAUAUCUAUUACUCAUACAUGGAUAAGAACCGAGUGGAAAAGAUCAGGAUCAGUGAAAUGAAGGUUUUGGCAUCUGAUGUCAACAAAGCUGAUCCACACUCUGAAAGGAAUCUUUUGGAGCUUGAAGAACCGGCUGCAAACCAUAACGGUGGGCAGCUGCUUUUCGGUGUGGAUGGCUAUAUGUAUCUCUUCACAGGGGAUGGAGGGAAAGCUGGAGACCCUUUUGGAAAAUUUGGGAAUGCUCAGAACAAGAGUGCUUUGUUGGGGAAAGUCUUGAGGAUUGACGUGGAUGGAAAAAGCCCUGAUGGAAAGCCUUAUCGCAUCCCUCCUGAUAAUCCAUUUGUGUCUGAUCCCAAGGCCCGCCCCGAGGUUUACGCUUACGGGGUCAGGAACAUGUGGCGCUGUGCGGUUGACAGAGGGGACCCUGUCACGAAAAAGGGAAGAGGGAGGAUAUUCUGUGGGGAUGUCGGGCAGAACAGAUUUGAGGAAAUAGACAUCAUUGUUAAAGGGGGGAACUACGGCUGGAGAGCGAAGGAGGGAUUUGAAUGCUACGACACAAAGCUUUGCCACAAUUCCUCUUUGGAUGACAUUCUUCCAAUAUUUGCAUAUGGCCGCAACGUGGGGAAGUCCGUCACUGGAGGUUAUGUAUACAGAGGAUGUGAAUCACCCAACUUGAACGGCCUCUAUAUUUUUGGUGAUUUCAUGAACGGUCGACUUAUGGCUUUACAGGAAGAGGAGAAGGCAAAUAAGUGGAAGCAGCAAGAUAUCUGCAUUGGCAGCAGAAAAGCUUGUGCUUUCCCUGGAAUGAUCAGUUCUUAUAGCAAAUUCAUCAUCUCAUUUGCUGAGGAUGAAGCAGGUGAGCUGUAUUUUAUGUCUACUUCUUAUCCCAGUGCCUAUGCACCACACGGGUCACUCUACAAGUUUAUUGAUCCUGCAAGGAGAGCUCCACCAGGGAAGUGUAAAUACAAGCCUGUUCCAGUGAACACAAAGAGUAAGCGGAUACCAUUUGUUCCACGUGCAAAGACUGUCCUUGAGCUGCUUAAUGAACCUUCAACAACCAGGCCUCCGAAAAAAUCUUCUGCCCCCACUGCAGCCGUGCCAACUGUUUCUUCUAAGAAAGCUAAAAAGACCCCAUCCACCACGAUAAAAUCAUCAACAGUGAAACCAGCUCUGUCUGGUAAGAAGAGGCAGAAAAUCAAAGCCGAGGCCAAACAUCACAAGCCAAUGCAGAAAGAGAACAUGGCACGUGUUUCCAGAACUACACCAGCACCACCUUCGCCAAAACAGAAGAGUUCCCACCUAACCAGGACCAGGAAGCUUCUUCCAAAGAAAGCGGCACCAGCUAAGGAAAAACUGGAGAAGAGGAGGAAGGCGAGCAGAUUAAGAAGCUUUUGA